AUGGCCUUCACCGUCGUCAACGGCCAGAUCUAUACCCCCGGGUUGGCGAUUGUCGACGCGCCGCAGCCCAACACUCCGCUGGGCGGAGGCAAGUACCGCUUCGUCCUACUCUCUCACGAUUCCUCGUCGGACACCGAAUUCCACAACAUCAACCUCUUCCUCACCUCCACCGACACCUCUAAAAACUUCACCAUCUCCAAUGGCACCUCGACAGAUUCUGACUCCUACGUCGGCCCAGUGCUCGACCUGGAACCCUCGUCCACCGUGAAACAUGUCGACUGGACGUGGCCGGACUGUCUCGUGGGUGACGGUCAAGGGGGCUCCGGUUCCGCGCGAGGCGACUACAACAUCUCCAUGCACCAGUCCUUCCGGUGGAAUGGAACGGACUACUACACGGUGUUUGACCUGCCUAUCUCGGUGUCUAACAGCAUCGAUAAGUCGGACUAUCGAGUUGACUGCAAGUUGGUAGAGAAUGAACUGCUGGAACCCCAGGAGGUGGCUGGCAGCAACGCCUCCUUACCCGGCCAGCCGUGGAUCAACGGGGGAGCAAGCAGCAGUCAGGACGAUGACGAUCAAAAAGAUGAUGCGAACAGCCGUGCCAGUCAGGUUCAGCCCGGUCUUAGGCAAUGGGGAAUGUUUGCACUGCUGAUGGGCGGACUGCUGUGGCUCUAG